AUGGUGUUCGGGCUCCGCCCAAAUCCGGGCCGUAUCUCGGCGGUGCAUCGAGUAUCUUUGGGGAUUGUCCGAUUCCAUAGAAUCUCAAGAUGCGGUUUACACACCGAUGGUAGAAGCCGGAUAUCCAACUUCUGGAUCCCGACAGGAGGCAUCUCCAAGAGAGCCGUAGAAGGCGAGAAGGAGGAUGCAAAUGACCUUCUGGUCCGGGGCGGAUUUCUUCGACAGGCGUACUCUGGGAUAUUUCAUAUGCUGCCGCUUGGUUUGCGUGUCCAAGAUAAGCUUGAACGUCUUAUUGACAAGCAUAUGAGAUCUGCUGGCGCCUCUAAGGUUUCGUUAUCCUCGCUAUCAUCCCAAGAGCUCUGGGAGCGGUCUGGUCGGUUAAAGGAGGGUUCAGAGGUCUUCAGAUUCCACGACAGAAAAGAAUCCCGUUUCCUCCUCGCCCCUACACAUGAGGAGGAAAUCACUACAUUAGUCGGCAGUCUCACGAAGUCAUACAAAGAUCUCCCAUUGCGGGUAUACCAAAUAUCAAGAAAAUACCGCGAUGAGCCCAGGCCGCGGCAAGGCCUCCUCCGCGGCCGUGAAUUCAUCAUGAAAGACCUCUACACAUUCGACUACAACGUCGAAGAAGCCUUGGAAACAUACAAAGCCGUGAAACUGGCGUAUACACACUUAUUCAACGAGCUCAAAAUCCCCUACCUAGUCGCCGCAGCAGACUCGGGCAACAUGGGCGGAAGCCUAAGCCACGAAUUCCACUUCCCCAGCUCUAAGGGAGAAGAUACGCUAAUCAGCUGCUCGAAUUGCGAUCAUGUCUACAAUGAAGAACUUGCAGAUGGCAAAGCCCAUGGUGCUAGUGCUGUCUCUUCGCCUUCGCAAGCCGGGUUCGCGACGGAGGAAUCGUCCACAGACGGAACAGGGACGGUCUCGACAGGUGCCUGGUUCGCCAUAUCUAGAGACAAGGGAACUCUAGUACGAGGCUGGUAUCCUAAAUUCUUCAAACAACCCGGGUCCCGAGAACCAAUGGAAAGAGAAGUUAGUUCCCAUGCCGUGAAAUCCAUCGCCACAGCAGCAGGAAUCGACAUCGACCUGAGCGUGGAAAACCCCCUCGAACAAUGGACCACAUAUGUCAAGUCCCAAAAGACCACCAACGGCUCAAUACCCAGCGUGCUGGAUCUCUACGACGCCCAGGUACGAGUCUACCAACGCCCUCCCCUCAGCGACCUCCUCCAAGGAACCGACCGCGCAACCACAGAAAUCGAAUACUUCAUGCUCGACAAAUUCCCCAACACUACCAACGGCCUCAACCUGAUCAAAGUCAACGACGGCGACAAAUGCCCUAAAUGUACGCACGGAACCCUCAAACUCGACACCGCAGUCGAACUAGGACACACCUUUCACCUCGGGACUCGCUACAGCGACGUCCUCAGCGCCUCUGUCAUGGUUGACAAGUCCUUGCUCGGUGCCACAAACUCAAAAGAUCAAAUCGUCCCGAUACAAAUGGGUUGUCACGGCAUUGGCGUCUCGCGGAUGAUCACCGCCGUAGCAGACCGUCUCGCAGACUCGAAGGGUCUUAACUGGCCACGGGUCAUGGCCCCGUAUGAAGUUAUCGUCGUGCCUGGGAAAGGUCUCGAAGGUGAAGCGGAGAAGGUAUACGAUCAGCUUGUCUCGUCUGACCCCGCCACUCCUGUUGAUGUUAUCCUCGAUGACCGCGACAAGCAGAUGGGCUGGAAGCUUGGGGAUGCUGAUCUCAUUGGGUACCCGAUCAUUGUGGUCGUUGGCAAAGGAUGGAAGAACCAGCAAACAUUGGAGGUGCAAUGUCGCCGGUUGGGUCUGAGAGAAGACGUGCCUUUGGAUCAGCUGACGAGUUUUGUGCGGUCUUUGCUUGAACGAUUGUAA